ACAACUACACGUGUUGAUCGCAGCCUGGAAGCCCGUCCCAUUCCCUGCAUACCCAUGCCGGAGGAGGAGGAGGAGAAGGAGGCGUGCAGCCCUUUUGUUACCUGUGUUAGAGUACCUGGCUGCUGUAAGUUAGUAACCUGGACUGAGCUUAAGAUGUCUUAAGAGGAGGAGGAGAAAGCGAGGCAAAGAAUUUAAUCACAGCGAAAUGCCCUGCUGGAAGUAUAGCUCGUUUGCUUUCUGCCCACAAGGCGCAGGAAAUGGGAAUUGUUAAUUAGGCUCUGUUGUGAAAGUAAGGACGAAUAGGAGGCACUUCCUCCAAGAACUCAGUCACCUUUCAAGUCUGACCCUCUCCCAGGUGCUAUUCUGGAGUUAAAGUCGCCUUUCAGGUCGUCGCCAGCAUCUCUCCUGGACUGCUGGACCAUGGAUUUCACACGGUCGAAGAUUUCACGCGCGCUCCAGCUUGAUGUCGCGGAAAAUAGGCAGCGUACGUGCAUCUGGAAGGGUUAGACAGCUGCCAAUGUGAAUAGAAAGUGUGACCACUUCAUGUUACAGUGCAUGGCCCCCGGAAUAAGUGGUUACGAUCAUGCACAAACCCCUCCGAAAGCGGAGUCUCUACGUGUUCCUGUGCUUUGGCAUCAUUUACCUCAGACUUGGGGCCCUGUCGUCUGUGGUGGCUCUGGGUGCCAACAUCAUCUGCAACAAGAUUCCCGGGCUGGCACCUCGUCAGCGGGCCAUCUGCCAGAGCCGUCCGGACGCCAUCAUUGUUGUGGGUGAAGGCGCCCAGAUGGGCAUCAAUGAGUGUCAAUACCAGUUCCGAUAUGGACGUUGGAACUGCUCGGCGCUGGGAGAGAGGACAGUCUUCGGUCAGGAGCUUCGAGUAGGCAGUCGGGAAGCAGCAUUCACCUAUGCCAUCACAGCGGCAGGUGUGGCCCACGCUAUAACAGCAGCAUGCAGCCAGGGCAACCUGAGCCAGUGCGGGUGCGACCGGGAGAAGCAGGGAUAUUACAAUCAAGAGGAAGGCUGGAAGUGGGGAGGAUGCUCGGCCGACAUCAAGUACGGCAUCGAGUUCUCUCGCCGCUUCGUGGAUGCCCGUGAGAUUAAAAAGACCCCACGCCGCCUGAUGAACUUGCAUAACAACGAGGCCGGGAGAAAGGUUCUAGAAGAAAGAAUGAAGCUCGAGUGCAAGUGCCAUGGUGUUUCAGGCUCCUGCACCACCAAGACCUGUUGGACUACCCUUCCCAAGUUCCGCGAGAUUGGUUAUAUACUCAAGGACAAGUACAACGAAGCCGUGCAUGUGGAGGUAGUCCGGGCUAGCCGACUGCGACAGCCCACCCACCUCAAGGUGAAGCAGACUCAGGGCUACCGCAAGCCCAUGGAGACAGAUCUUGUCUACAUCGAGCGGUCACCCAACUACUGCGAGGAGGACGCAGCCACAGGGAGCGUGGGCACCCAGGGGCGCCUGUGCAACCGCACUUCGCCACAUACGGACGGCUGUGACCUCAUGUGCUGCGGCCGGGGCUACAACACACACCAGUACACCAAAGUGUGGCAGUGCAAUUGUAAGUUCCAGUGGUGUUGCUUCGUCAAGUGCAACACGUGCAGUGAGAGGACGGAGGUGUUUACCUGCAAAUAAGGACAUAAGGAACUCAUUGCCAGGAAUUGAGGCUCCGAGUACUCGCUGAAUGAGGAAGACCUAAAGAGGAAGAUGAACGUGUGACUGGGAUCAACGAGAGAGUUUGCGAUAACAGAAUGGAAACUACACGAUCAGCUCUUUGUGGCAUUGUUUUGCACAGCAGAAUUUUAUCUAAUUGCUUUUCAAAAAGUAAAUGCUAAAUAUCAGUGGAUAGUACCCCAGAACUUUACUGUCACAUCGACAGACAGUGAAGUUGGGACUACAGGUAAUGACCGAGGCCCUGUAAACUGUGCUUUGCACUCUGACAGUUUUUACGUGAGGCUUGUGCCUUGAGAGGAAACGCAGUAACCUGGGUGAAGAUAUAAUGACAGCAGCUGAUGAGAGGUGACUGAAAGAGAUUUGUUUUUUUUGAGAUUUUUCCGAGUCUUAAAUGAAAACCUGUAAGGGGAACAAAAGUGAAUCCUGACAUGAAUCACCCGCCCAAACGCGGGCUUACGUUGAAGGUUUGCAGAAAUGAAGAACAUUUUGUAUGGCAUGGUUUGUUGGGUUUCGCCAAAAUCUGAGAGGAGGACUUUGUUAAACCCUCUGCUGCCACCUGGAAUAUGGUGGAGUAUGUUAGUUUUCCAGUCACACUGGAACUGUCUGUUCUGAACACUGAAAAUAAAUUGUUUAUUUAUGUUAUAGUAUCUUAAAACGAAGCACUAACGGGUAGAGAUGUCUUUUGUACUAAGUGUAAAGAAAAUACUUUUUAGAAACUCUGAUUCAAGAUGCGUGUCUCUAUUAUAAAAAUUAUCCCCCACGUCACCCCGAAAACAUCCUAUCUUUUCUUUAAAAAAAAAAAUGUGGCUACUGUGUCGACAACAGAAUCUGUAAUUACAGUGUGUUUCACAUUCAAACACCAUGGCUCCAUUUUAGUGUAGCGUAGAUUGUCUGCAGUCCUUUCCCCCAGAGCAGUGAUAUCUAUUGGGAUGCUUUUGCAAUUUCAGUUAAGAGACAGUAACAAUAAAACCCAUUUAUUUUGCAGAGAUUAUUCCUCAGUCCAUUAAACAUGAAACUGAUGUGUUGCUGGAUGUGUUGUUGAGUGCUGCACUGAUAUUUUCUAUUCAGAUACAAUUUAUGAGAACUGAAUAAACUCCCCUAUUUGACUCA